AAGCAAGCAGUGAUCGGGGCAGGCAUCCCCUAUGACCACACCGCGCCGCGGAUCGCCGCUACGCUGGACAGGUGAUCGUAUUCCCACAAGAAAUGACUGAUGCCCAGCAUGCAGAGAUGACCAAGAGCUCCAGUUAUUCCUGGACGUGUGCAUUGAAAUCUCCGAAGAUUGUGCUGAUGUUUAUCCUUGCAGUAGAAUGCGCCCAUCGCAAGGUAACUUCUCAAGACACCACCGUGGGGUCAACGAAUUCUACCUUGCCAAACAGCACAGUGCCACUUUUGUUAACGUCCAAUUCGACAUUCCCAAAUUUUUCUUCAAUCUCGCUAGAGGAGACGACAUCGUCAACAAACUCGUCCUUGGAAGGCGAGCUCACCGCAGAAGCCACAUCGUUGUUCAAGACCAGCAGGGGGAGCCAAGAAAAAAGCAACAAAAGCGUCAUCGUCGACUUUUUGCAGCGUGACGAUGCGGUUUCGAGAGGUCCAACCGGUGAAGGCUUAGUGGAACGGCUUCCGGCCAUCAAGAGGGUAAAGAAGCGACCUACGGGAUCCCCGCGAAGAAAACCGCUCUACGAUCAUGGUCACGGGCACAUCGAUGAGCCCGGUUACGCACCCUUCAUCAAGGAUUCAGGAGAGGUGCCCGUUCGCGUCAAAGUGAUAUCGGCCGAGUGCCACGAGGGUCUGAUGCGCAUUGAGCUGCGGUUCAAUGGCUCUUUCCUGGGCCUGGUAUACAGCACGGACUACGCGCAUGACCCGGACUGCGUUUACGUGAACGGCUCAGGCGGCGCCACCUACACGCUCGACGUGCGUGCCAACCGCUGCGGCACACUGGGCCGCAGCGACCUGCUAGUCCAGCCGGCAGCGCCUUCGUCAGCCGGAGAGAAGGUUCGUGGCCACCAGCUGUGGAACUCGCUGACGGUGCAGUACGACCGCCAGAUCGAGGACUCGGCCGACGAGAGGUUCCGCGUAACCUGCGAGUACGCCUUCGACUACUGGAAGACGGUCUCCUUCCCGCUGCUCAACGUCGAGGUGAACACGGGGACGGCGGUGGUGUUCACCCUGCCACCACCGCAGUGCAGCAUGGAAGUGCGCCUGGGCUACGGCCUCUCCGGACCCCGGGCCCAGGGACCAGUCACGGUGGGCGACCCGCUCACUCUCGUCAUCACCAUGACCAGCGUGUUGCGUGACGUCGACAUCCUCGUGAGCAAUUGCGUGGCCCACAACGGAGCCGACCAGAAACUGCAACUUGUCGACGUACACGGGUGCACCCUGCAGGAGCGCCUCCUGAGUGCCUUCCGAGGCUCGCAUUCCACUCGUGCGGAAGGGGGUCAAGAGGUGGCGCUGUUUGCCUUCCUCAAGGCCUUCCGCUUCACAGGCAGCCGGGCGCUGUACAUCGAGUGCGACGUCCACAUGUGCCACAGUUCGUGCCCGACGCAGCAGUGCUCGUGGCGCCAGCGCCGGAAGCGAUCAGCUGCGCCCACGCUGGAAGGCAACGACUCGGCGACACCGUUCGAGACGCUCAACUUGUUCCAGGCCCUGGAAGUUCUCCACACCGACGCGGACGCCCAGCAGAGCCUGCCCUACUCCGAUUCCAGCGGUAGCUUGGUCUGCCUCAAGGCGACGGGCUUUGCUGCAGGAGUGGCUCUCAUAUUCCUGAUGAUGUCUUUAUGUUUCGGAAUGUCGGCCUGCACAGUCAUUAAACUCAAGGGAAAGAAGCCGACAAAAUCCGAUCCACUUGAAGAUGACAACCAGCCUCCCGUCUACUGAGCUCUCCAAACCAAGCCUGUGGGGAAACAAACUGACCAAAACGAUGAUGUCAGCCACCGGACACAGUCGGCGCUUUUAUCAGCAAUAUAAAUGGGAUGAAAAUCACUCGCAUGACGGAAACAGAUCAGCCAUGUCAUAUGCUCGCAGUUUUGAUCUAAUAAGGCGUCAUGAGCUAAAAGCCGAAAACGAAAAGCGCGGCAGUGUAGAUGUGCGUUGGUAGCCGAUGAGUUACCAAACUCUAAACUCUACACAGAUUUCAAAGGGCAUGCACACUAAUGCUGCAUUCGGCUGAUCGAAAUGGAGCGCUCGAAAGACACGCGGCUGGUCCUUUGAAAACACUCGGAGGCGCUCUCGCCUUCGACUUGGUAACGUGAGCCGAGCACGAUCGGGCGGAGGUCCCGUGGCGUGUUUUCUGCAACUUCCGUUGUUGGCGUCGCGUCGACCACGGCGGUGCCAAGGAGCUUGCGCGUCUUGUUGGUUUUGCAAAGGAAGCAGCGAUCACCAGUUUCCGGCUCCGCCCUUCGAGUGCUCAGGCUUCGAUCGACAGCGGGCUCCACAUCGUUGCAAUCCGAGUCAGAGCAUGGUACAGACCACUCGAAUGCACCAUAAUACGUUGCACCAAAUUUAGUCUAUUAAAGUACUUUUACAA